AUGAAAAGGCUAGUGGACACUGUUCUGGGGCUUUUGUUUGCCCAGGUUUGCUGUGUGCGAGGGAUGGAUGUGGAGCAGAGUCCCCCAGCCCUGAGUCUCCAGGAGGGAGCCAGCUCUACUCUGCGGUGUAAUUUCUCCACCUCCUCAAACAAUGUACACUGGUAUCUUCAGAACCCCGGGGGCCGCCUCAUCCGUCUGUUUUACAUUCCUUCAGGGACAAAGCAGGAAGGAAGAUUAAAUGCCACCACAGUCCCUGCAGAACGCCGUAGCUCACUGCACAUUUCCUCUUCACGGACCACAGACGUGGGCACUUACUUCUGUGCUGCGCAGCACGGUGCUCCCCAGGCACCUGCAGCCUCUACAGGAACCCUCCCGGGGCUCAGCCCCUCCUCCAGCCUCAGUCACACCGUGAGGCCCCACAGGGCAUUUGCAUGCUUCAUGUUACUCGCCUACAUCAGGACAGUUUUAACCACAGAUAAUUUUUGGCCCUACAGAUUAUGGACUUUGGUCUUUAUCUUUCCUUCUCAACAUAUAUGUCCUUCUGUACUAG